AAGAGCAGGAGAACAGUCAGGCAUUGUUUUCAUCUGUGACAUAUACAUCCAUACAUCAUACAGAAGACUAGCAAAAGGAACCAUUGACAACUUACCUGUUUUCACAUCCUUACAGCGAGGAAUGGGUUCUAGCAAUGAUAUCAAGCCACUUGAUAAAUUAAGACUGUCUUCCCAGACUAACCGGGGGAGUGCUUGGCUUCAACAUGAUCUCUAUAUAUUUCUCGCAUCCUUAUACAUCCUAUCAUGUUGUUCUGCCAUGGACACCAUCGCACCUGGCCAACCACUUGUUGGGAAAGACAGGCUCGUCUCCAGCAACGGCAAGUUUGCACUCGGCUUCUUCGAGAGCGGCAGUAAGUCCUCCCAAAACACCCUGAACUGGUACCUAGGAAUUUGGUUCAACAGAGUUCCAAAAUUAACUCCAGUAUGGGUUGCCAAUGGUGACAACCCACUCACGGAUCACACCUCAUCUGAGCUUACAAUCUCUGAUAAUGGCAACCUUGUCAUAUUGAAUCAAGCCACCAACUCCAUAGUCUGGUCCACACAAGCAAAAACAAUAACCAACAACACAGUAGCUAUACUGCUGAACAGUGGAAACCUCAUCCUACAGAACUCCACAAACUCAUCCAAUGUGUUGUGGCAGAGCUUUGACUACCCCACAGAUACCUUCCUCCCUGGUGCAAAACUUGGUUGGGACAAGGCCACUGGGUUGAACCGCCGUAUUGUUUCAAGGAAGAAUUUGAUCGACCUAGCUCCUGGAAGAUACUCUGAGGAGUUAGAUCCAGGUGGUCCUAAUCAGUACAUCAUUACACUGUUGAACUCCACCAUACCAUAUUGGUUCAGCGGGAUAUGGAACGGCGAAUACUUUCCCUUGGUGCCAGAGAUGUCAGGGGCCCAACUUUUCAAUUUCACAUUUGUCAAUAAUGACCAAGAGAAGUACUUCACAUAUAAUUCACUAGAUGAAACUACAGUUGCCCGUCAUGUAAUGGAUGUCUCAGGUCAAGUAAAAGCAUUCAUUUGGCUUGAGAGCUCACAGGAUUGGUUAAUGAACUACGCUCAACCUAGAGCACGGUGUGAUGUCUAUGCGGGAUGUGGACCUUUCACAAUUUGCAAUGAUAAUGAACUGCCGCACUGCAACUGCAUGAAGGGUUUCUUCAUAAGAUCACCAAAGAAUUGGGACUUAGGUGACCAAACAGAUGGGUGCAUCAGAAAUACUCCUUUAAAUUGUGUGAACACCAAAAGCACAGGUAGUUCAAUUGACAAGUUCUAUUCUAUACAGUGCGUCAGGCUACCUCAUAAUGCCUACAACAUAGAAGCUGCUACCAGUGCAGGUAAAUGUGAAACAGUAUGCUUAAGUAAUUGCUCUUGCACUGCAUAUUCUUAUGGCAAUGGUGGCUGCUUUGUCUGGCACAAUGAAUUACUCAAUGUAAAACAGCAGCAGUGUGAUGACACAACUAAUAUUAAUGGAGGAACUCUGUACCUUCGCCUUGCUGCGAAAGAGGAGCAAAGUCGGAAAAAACACGUAAGAGGAAAGACAAUUGCCAUUAGCCUUGGUGUAAGCUCUGCCAUCAUGUUUUCUCUAGCACUUGUAUUAAUGAUUUGGUGGAACAAGAAGAAGAGGUACAGCUUCACAUUGAACAAUGCUCAAGGUGGUAAUGGAAUUAUUCCAUUUACAUAUACUGAUUUGCAGCGUGCAACUAAGAGCUUCUCAGAAAAGCUGGGAGAAGGUGGCUUCGGUUCCGUAUUCAAGGGCUUUCUAAGCGAUUCAACCAUAGCAGUGAAAAGGCUUGAUAGAGUGCACCAAGGAGAGAAACAGUUCAGAGCUGAAGUUAGCUCACUUGGACUUAUCCAACAUAUAAAUUUAAUUAAGCUAAUUGGAUUCUGCUGCAGCAGUAAUAACAGAUAUCUUGUCUAUGAAUAUAUGCCAAAUCAUUCCCUUGACAAACACCUAUUCCCAAGCAAUGCUAAUAUCUUGAAUUGGGAUACUAGGUACCAAAUAGCACUAGGCGUUGCUAGAGGACUAGCUUAUUUGCAUGAGAGCUGUCGAGACUGCAUUAUACACUGUGAUGUUAAACCUGAAAACAUACUUCUCGAUGAAUUGUUUAUUCCCAAAAUCGCAGAUUUUGGAAUGGCAAAGUUUUUACAAAGGGAUUUCAGCCGAGCAUUGACUACAAUGAGAGGAACCAUAGGAUAUCUUGCACCUGAAUGGAUCAGUGGAGUGGCCAUCACACCAAAAGUAGAUGUUUACAGCUAUGGAAUGCUUUUGUUCGAAAUUAUUUCAGGGAGGAGGAACUCACAUGGAGAACAUACUGCUACUGGUGAUGAUUAUACUUAUUUCCCUGUGCAAGUCGCACGUAAGCUUCUUGUGGGAGAUGUCGCAAGCAUGGUGGAUCAUAAGUUACAUGGUGAUGUCAAUCUAAAGGAAGUUGAAAGAGCUUUUAAGGUUGCAUGUUGGUGCAUUCAAGACAAAGAAGUUGAUCGACCAAUGAUGGGUGAAGUGGUUAAAAUUCUUGAGGGUUUAAUAGAACUUGCCAUGCCUCCAAUGCCAAGACUACUUCAAGCUAUUGCAGGAGGCUCUUAUGCAGUGUAAGUCUAGUCUUUGUUUACCGAAAAUAUUUCAACUUAAGGAGUUGCCAAAUUUUUCUUCAGUAGAGAUACAAUUACAGUUUAUCAUUAUUGUAUAAUGAGCGUAAGAUAAUAGAUUUAUGCCAAUUACUGGAAUCACUAUAUCAGGUACUUAGUACCAUUGAUCAUGCAAUUAACGAAAAGGUUAUGUGACUAUCCU